GCCUCAUAAAAAUAUUAUUUUUUUUCAUAAUUAUUUACAUACUGCUGGCCUUUAUUAUGAAUGAAUUGGUUUUUUUUUGAUAAAAAAAAAGUGAAUAAUAAUGAUUGAUAUUGAUAUCGAAUUUGGAAAAUGAACACAUUCAACACUUCAAAUUCAACUUUGUCAAAUUUUUCUGAAACAACACUUCACUUGGAAAGCAAACGCUGUUGAAUAUAAACAUGAUUCCAAUAUGAGCCGACGUAAAAAGAAAGUUAUUCAUGAAAACGAACAGAAUGUACUUUCCGAUCUCAUGUAUGGUGUUCCUCGUUUUUCAGUUCUCAGUAGGAGUAUCUUCAACUUCCGAAGAUUAUUUGGAAUCACCCCUGUGCUGCAAUUUUACAACUGAAAAUGUUAAAUUCGAAUACUCUUCGCAAUUGAUUGAAAACGAAUACAUUGUUAUGUUUAACAGUUAUUACAAACACAAUACUAGAGCUAAUUAUAUCAACUCGGCAUUGAACCUUUCUGGUAUAGAAAAAUGGCAAAUUAUUGAAAGAGAAAAUCCUGCAAGUGAUUAUCCUAGUGACUUUGAUGUAGUUAUAAUUCAUGAAGAUGAUCAAAAAGAUGGAUUGAAAGCUUUAAAUUCACACCCUUCAAUAAAGCGGGUAACACCCCAAAGAAUGGUAACAAGAACAUUAAAAUUUGUGAAUGAAGAUCAUAUUUGGAAAGGAAGACGCAGUCUCAAUUUGAAAAGUCAAUUUUGGCAGUCAUCAGGACGUCAUACUGGUAGACGUUUAUUAAGAGCUGUACCCAGACAAAUUACUUCUGUAUUAAUGGCAGAUACAUUAUGGAACAUGGGUAUAACUGGAAAAGGUAUAAAAGUUGCUAUAUUCGAUACGGGAUUAUCCAAGUCCCACCCACAUUUCCGGAAAAUUAAGGAACGAACUAACUGGACAAAUGAAAAGACUUUUGAUGAUGGAAUAGGUCAUGGUACUUUUGUAGCUGGUGUUAUUGCUUCAAGUAAAGAAUGUCUUGGAUUUGCUCCUGAUUCUGAACUGCAUAUAUUUCGUGUUUUCACCAAUAAUCAAGUAUCCUACACUUCUUGGUUUCUGGAUGCCUUCAAUUAUGCCAUUUUGAAGAAGAUAAAUGUUCUUAAUUUGAGUAUUGGCGGUCCCGAUUUCAAAGACCACCCAUUUGUGGAUAAAGUAUGGGAACUCACUGCUAACCACAUAAUAAUGGUCUCAGCUAUAGGAAAUGAUGGACCACUUUAUGGCACUCUGAAUAAUCCAGCUGAUCAAAUGGAUGUUAUAGGAGUAGGUGGAAUCAACUUUGAAGAUCAAAUUGCAAAAUUUUCCUCUCGAGGCAUGACCACAUGGGAACUUCCAAACGGCUAUGGAAGAGUCAAGCCAGAUAUUGUUACUUAUGGAUCCGGUGUGAGAGGAUCUAAUAUCAAAGGAGGAUGUAGGGUAUUGUCUGGUACUAGUGUAGCAUCACCAGUUGUUGCUGGAGCUGUAACACUAUUAGCUAGUGGGGUUCUCCACAAGGGUAAUGAUAUCAACCCAGCAAGUAUGAAACAGGCUCUUAUGGCUUCUGCUCGAAGGUUACCUGGUGUAAACAUGUUUGAACAAGGGCAAGGUAAAUUGAACCUUGUCAAAGCAUAUCAAAUUUUAAAUAAUUAUAAGCCUCAAGCAAGCCUGAGUCCAAGUUAUAUAGACUUGAGCGAAUGUCCCUAUAUGUGGCCGUACUGCACACAGCCUCUUUAUUAUGGAGCUAUGCCCAUUAUUGUCAAUAUUACAAUAUUGAAUGGAUUGGGGGUAUCAGGUUAUAUUAUAGAUAAACCACAGUGGUUCUCAUAUACUCCCCAGCAAGGAAAUCUUUUGGAAGUUUCAAUUUCUUAUUCAGAGAUAUUGUGGCCUUGGUCAGGUUGGUUGGCAGUAAGCUUAGGUGUAGCUCCUAGUGGAUCCACCUAUGAUGGAAUAGCUCAUGGUCAUAUUUCUUUAACAGUGGAAUCUCCAGCGGCAGCAGGUGAAUUAGAACCUAGAAGAAGUACUGUUACCUUGCCUAUCAAAGCUAAAAUUAUUCCUACUCCCCCAAGACACAAGAGGAUACUCUGGGAUCAGUAUCAUAACCUACGUUAUCCCCCUGGUUAUUUUCCUAGGGACAACUUGAAAGUGAAGAAUGACCCCUUGGAUUGGAAUGGAGACCAUAUACAUACCAAUUUCAAAGAUAUGUAUCAGAAUUUGAGGAAUUCUGGUUAUUACAUUGAAGUACUUGGAGCUCCUUUCACUUGUUUUGCCGCUUCUCAGUAUGGAACACUUUUGAUUGUUGAUCCAGAAGAAGAAUUUUACCCAGAGGAGAUAUCGAAACUGAAGAGAGACGUUGAUAGUGGCUUGUCUGUGAUAGUUUUUGCUGAUUGGUACAAUACAACCAUCAUGAAGAAAGUAAAGUUUUAUGAUGAAAACACUAGACAGUGGUGGAUGCCCGAUACGGGUGGUGCUAAUGUGCCAGCUUUGAACGAUUUAUUGGCAGCUUGGGGAAUCGCUCUAGGAGACAGAGUAUUUGAAGGCGACUUCAAAUUAAAUAACCAUGAAAUGUAUUUUGCAUCAGGAACAAGCAUAUCUAAAUUUCCAAGAAGUGGCUUGGUCAUAUCGAGAAAACUCAACGAUCAAGGUAUGCACAUGCUUGGUGAUAUUACCAAUGAAAAAUUUGAGGUACCUGUGCUUGGCUUACUCCAAACAAGAACUACUAACUCGAGUGGCCGUAUCGUUAUAUAUGGAGAUUCUAAUUGUAUCGAUACAAGUCAUAUUGAGAAAAGUUGUUAUUGGAUGUUAGAUGCUAUACUUGAAUAUACUUCAACGGGACAUCUACCCUCUGUAUUUUCCAACAACCAUGAAGACAAUUGGGAUUCUAAGGUCGAUACUGAUUUACCCCUGAGAAUGCUUGGAAAUCGUCUCAAUAGAUUCUCAAAAGUUCUCGAAGGAAAUCUUGGAGAAUCCCAAACGAAACCUUUACCCCAAUGCCCUCAUUUGGUGUGGAGUCAACCGAUUCCCCUUAAUGUAACGGCACCCCCAAAUUUAUAUCAAAGUCAAAAACUUUUGAGCUUAAUGGAAGAAGAACUGGGACCAUUAGGCAUUGAAAAUACUGUCAGAGAUGUAUCAGUUGAGGAUGCAAAUAGUCAGUCAAAUGUAUGGAGGUGGCGUAACAAACCAAUGGAGGAUAUCUCAAUGAGUGGCGAUAAAUUUGGAUUUACCAUUAGCAUGCUGCUUCUGGUGAUAUUGAUUUUUUUGUAUUAUAUUUUCAAACAUAGAACUAAACCAAAGAAGAGAAAAUUGUGCAAGAAACUGAUUAACUUAAUCUCAUUCAGGAGGGUGUCUUCUGUUUGAAUAUAUUUAGUUUUUUUAUUUAAUAUUUAUGUGAAAUGUAAUUAUUCCUGGGGUUGUAUUUAUUUAAUUUUAUACUAGACGAUAUUAUUUCGGAUUCUUCAUGAGAAUUUUUUUAGUUAAUAUACUAACUUCAAUGAAACAGCAUAUGCUAGUUUUAACCAUUUUUUAAUGAUUCUAUUUGAACACAAUUAUGAAUUGGAGUUAAAAUGCAAUUAGAAAAAUUUAGUUGAUAGACCACUUGUGAUAUAUUAUUGUAUAUAAAUGUAUACACAAUAAUAAUAAAUUAUGUAUGUUU